AUGACGGAAUCAAGCACAGGCUCGACAUCAAGGAUCGUUGUUGUGGGUGUUGGAGGGGCUACAUGUUCUGGCAAGACGACGUUGGCCAAGCAUCUGAUUCAGAUCUUGAAUCCAUUGGCAGAUGCCGCCGGCUGUAGCAGCGGUAGCCACCGAGGCGGAAUCACGGACGCUUUCAUCCUGCAUCAGGACGAUUUUGCGCCGCCAGAAGCGACACUGCCGGUGAACGAGGAGUUUGGCGUCACUGACUGGGAUCACCCGCCAACAGCAAUCGACUACAAGCGAAUGUAUGGAACCAUCAAGCACAUCAAGUCUACAGGAUCGUUCCCGCCCGAAUUCACGUCGCAUGACCAUCUCAACUCGCAGCCAGACUGUCCUAUCUCUGAAACGGUCUCUAAGACGUGGAAGGACAAGUUUGGCUCUCUAACGUCAUUAAACACUUUCUCAGCAGGAGACGUACGAAUACUGCUUGCUGACGGAUUCUUGCUCUACUACGAUCCAGACGUGCGCUCGACCAUGGAUGUCAAGGUGUUUCUGCGCACACCACGGGCCAUACUCCGACAGAGACGAGAAGAGCGCUUCGGCUACGCAACCGCAGAGGGCACCGUGUGGAAGGACCCUGAAGGCUACUUUGACAACAUUGUUUGGCCGGCGUACGAGCUGGCGCAUAAGGGCGUCUUCAGCAACCACGAUGUGGAAAAGGGCGAGACACUAUGCGCAGGUGCAGGAGAGAAGUCGAUCGCUGGUGGACCUGUGGAAGGGCUGAAGGUGCUGGACACGGAUCCCACACGAUUUGAAGGAGCACAGCCAGGUCAAGACUCGAAGGACACGACGUUUUCGAAAGAAAUGACUUGGUUGGUGGACCAGACGUGCGCUGCGAUAUGGGAUUUCCUCACCACAAAGCUCUAA